AUGGAAGAAGAGAAGCCUGGAUCCAAAAGAGCAAAAAGUGAAUCGCACUCUAAUGGUUCACCAUGUCGUGGUGACAUGACCACGUCGUGGUCUCAAGAGGAAAAAACAUUUUAUCUCCUAAAUCCGUAUCAGUCUCCUUUUCCAUUCCCAUCUCGAGCACUUAAGAAAUCUCUGGAGCCCGAGCAAAAGAAAUUCAUGGAAAAAGUGCUCUCGCUCUUGAUUAACGCCUCAUUCCUUAAGUCCAUGGCUAAACUUCCAAAGUUUGCAAAAGAUGUUAUGAAAAAUAGGAAGGAUUUGGAAAAGGCAUUAACCAUAGUGCUUAAUGAGUUGUGUUCAACCACGAUCAUCAAUGGAUUGCCAAUUAAGAUGGGAUAUCUAGGCCAACUCACUUUACCUUGUGAAUUUGGCAACUCCACUUCUAUAAAUGCUUUAGCCGAUUCACGGGUAAGCAUCAACCUUAUGCCUUAUUUUUUCUACCAAAAUCUCAGUUUACCAAAGCUCCAAGACACAAGGAUGAGAAUUCGAAUGGUGGUUCACUCGACCACAUACCCACAAGGAGUCUUUGAGGACUUGUUUGUAAGGGUUGGAAAGUUUGUUUUCCCGGUAGACUUUGUGGUGCUCGACAUGAAGGAAGAUGAAGAACUUCCAAAAAUUUUGGGAAGACGAUUUUUAAAUACCGCAAGAGCUUAA